CGGGGCUGGAGAAAGUAGGCCAGGCGCGCCGCGUCCCGCACGCUGGGGUGCCCGGCUCUGGUCUCGGAUGCCGCCCAGCCCUUUGCCCGGUCCGGCGCUCAGGCCCACGGACAGGGGACGGGGCCUGGGGGACCUCCCGCUGCUCCCAGGCCGAGUUUGGCCGCCCUGGAGCCAAGCGGAGGCGGCCGCUUGGACGUCUGCAGACGGGCCCCGAGUCGGGCUGCGAUGAAGGGAGGCCCACCGACCCCCGCAGCUCCGCCGGGGAGCGCCGGGGGUGCCCUGUCUCUCGCGGCGGCCGCGGCUCUGCUGGAGGAGGCGGCCGACCUCCUGGUAGUGCACCUGGACUUCCCGGCGGCGCUGCGCACCUGCGAGCGGGCGGCGCGGAGCCUGGGCGCCGGCGGCCUGGCGGGCGAGCCUGAGGGCGCCUCCUGGGAGGUGAAGUGCUCCCUCUGUGUCGUGGGCAUCCAGGCCCUGGCGGAAAUGAACCGGUGGCGGGAAGUCCUCGCCUGGGUUCUCCAGUAUUACCAGGUUCCCGAGAAGCUGCCGCCCAAAGUGCUGGAGAUGUGCCUUCUUUUAUACAGCAACAUGCAAGACCCUGGGGCUGUGCUGGGAGCGGCCCACGCCUGGCUCCAGGACCCGGACAACCAGGGCCUUCCUGAGUGCCCCGCCGUGGCGGAGCUGCACCUGCGGCGUGUGCUGCUGCCUCUGGGCCGCCUGUCGGAGGCGGAGGAGCUGGCGGGCUCCGCGGCCUUCAGCGGGCAGCAGCGGCUGGACGCCCUGCAGGCCAUUUGUGCCGCGAGGCACCAGCAGAGGCACCGCCCCCCGGGCUCUGAGGGGGACCAGGAAGGCACCCCCCACAAGCUUCUGUCACUGAUGAUGCUGCUUCGCCGGCUUUGGGCCUCUGCCAUGAGCCGCUUCGCGUCCCUGCCCUUCAAAAAGAGCCUCCUGGCCACCUUGGUCCUCUGCCUGCUGCUGGUGAGGUUCGACCCAGCCUCGCCGUCCGCCCGGCCCUUGAUCUGCAGGCUGGCUCAGCUCUUCCGCCGGAUCCGGGAGGCUCUGCUUUCUCCUCCCCACCAGCCCCGCAUCCACGACUAAGUGACCUUCCCUGUGGCCUCUGCUCGUCCGCGGCCCAGCCCCUCUCCUGCUGCUGGCUGGGCCCUGCGGGGGCGGCCAGGCCCCUGCCCGGCACCCGGCUUCGGCUGCGUCCGACGGUCACAAGGAGACAGAGCUGGGCCAGAGGGUCCGCGUCCUGCGGAUCAGCCCCCGAUGCCCGGGGCCCUUGUGGUUUGGGAAUGGAGCGCGUCCAUGGGACAUUCCUCCUCCAGGUCAGGCAUUGAUGAAGCUGGAAGUUCAGGAAAGCUGCUUGGAGAACUUAGCUCGGGGAAACUGCCCCCAGGGAGGCCGGUCACUGGGUGGGGACCCACCGAGGGGCGUCUGUGUCUGUGCCCCAGGUCUGGUGCACCCUUCCUGUGGCCUCGCACCUGCUGGGGCCGCGCUGCGUUCAGCCCAGGACCCGGCCCUCAGAGCCCCCGGGGGGGCUGCUGGGGAUGCAGUGAGUCUGCUGCGCUCUUCCCGGUGGGCAGGUGACCUCGCGGGGCGCUCCUGGGCUGCGGCACGGCCUUCCCUGCUGCGGCCCUCGGCGUGGCUGCCUGCCCCCCACCCCGCUCCCCAGGAGGGGCCCU